AUGAGUUCGGUUGCUAAAAAUGCGAGGGCAUACCGUCAACGAAAAGUUGGUAUCAAGACGGUGAUGCCCAUAUGUUUAGAAAAAGAUAUACCUGACUUUGAUGAAGAAGUCUCUCAGCAACGAACAGUGCCGCAAGUGGAGACAGGAGUCGAAAAAGAAGAGGAAGAGGAAAAACACUUAAAGCAAGUCAUCAAUGCUGCGCAUGAAGCCAUUAUACGAGGAGAAACAAAGAAGGUUGUAAUUCCUACUCGUGAAACAAGAUCUAUCGGUGUAGUAGACAAAUACUAUAAACGAGACUUUUUGUGUCCUAAAACCUCACUGCGGUUCUCUUUAACAGUGGAGGAAUGUAUUAGCCCGGUUUAUUGCAUGGAUGAGCAAGAUCAGACAUUCUUUGACGAGUUGAAAGUGUCCCAAGCUUCUCUCGCUAAAUAUUCUGAAACAGAUUUUGAGUGGGUAAUCCAGAUAUUAGAAGACGAGAUUGAUGAAAAACAACCUUUUUUAAACAUGGAUACGUCUCAAAUCUUGUCUGCAUCAGAAUUAUUACCUGCGUUUGAGGAACGUGAUCUUGUAAAAUUAAAAGCCCUUGCUAGCCAUGUUUAUCCUUAUUGGCGCGAACGUCGCAUACGAUCAGAAGGAAAGUGUAUUUUACACACUGCACAAAUUGGUGAUGAUAAAGACGACGAUGAUCCUUAUGUCUGCUUUCGCCGACGUGAAGUUCGACAAGCCCGUAAAACUCGUCGUUCAGAUACACAAUCCAUGGAUCGUUUGCGGAAGCUACGGCUUAAUAUGGAAACUAGUUAUCAACUACUUGACCAAGUUUGGAACCGUGAAAAGCUCAAGCUGCAUGGCAUUCAGCAAGACUUUUCUAUUUUCCAACACCGAUGCUUGGUCAAACGACUGAAGCGCUCCUUGAAUAUUAAAGAUAGUGACGAAGAUCUCAUUAAUCCUAAACGAAAACCCGUUGAACCUAAACCUGUGGCUCCCAUUGCUUCUCCUUCUCCUGCACCACCUGCUCGUCCUGCUGCUCAUCCUCCAGCUUAUCGACCGGCUGCUCCACGUACCCUUGAGGUCAAACCAUUGCUCAUGUUAGACGAUAUGAUCGCGUCACAAAUCACUCAAUUUCAAGUACGCUUACGAGAACGACUAAACAAAAAGGAACAAGCGGAUCGUAACUGGGUUGAUGUUUUUGAGAAUCCCAGCACUGUUAUUCCGGUUGAAUACCCUGACUCUUUUUAUAGAAAUAUACAUUCUCAGACUUUUGAAGGUUCACUACAUUCCUUUAAUCCCUCUAAUAAUGCCGCUCUUUCUUCUACUCCUUCUUCGCCUUCAUCUGCAGCUGGUCCCACUUGUUCACGUCCUGCAUCAUUAGCGUCAAAUUCCUUCUUUGCAAGACCAGGAUCAAUUUCUGUUAAUGAUCCUUUACAACAAUAUAGUCACCUUGUGUCUGCUCGAAAUCCUCUUUGCGUAAGACAACGGCGUGGAAGAGGAGGACGUGUCAUGAUUGAUCGAACUCGAGCUUUGCCAAUACAUAAACAGCGCUUACCAAGUAACCGCUUUGAAGAUCGUUGGUUUUUCGAUAUUCCUUUUGACCCUGAUGACACAGUAAUUUUAGACGAUGAUUCAGAUGCCUCUAUUUCGUUUCGUGCGAACUUGCUUGCCGAGCAUUCUAUUGCAUAA